AUGAGUUUAUUUGGUUGUUUAACAUUAAAAAAUAUUCAUCAAAUACGUAAUCGUCGUAUCAGUGUAUUAUCUUCAUCGGGUGUUUUAUCACGUAUGGCACGUAUUUAUGAUCUAUUAGUAUCAAUUUUAAUACAAACAAUUCAUAAAGAUGAAUAUCGUUGCGCACAAGAAUAUCUUUUUCUUCAAAUAUCUCAUUUAAUUUUUUAUUUUAAUUAUAUAUCAAUGUUUUAUGUUAAUUAUUUAUCAUCAUUAAUAUUUCGACAAUUAUCAAAACAAGUUUUAAUUCAUUUUUUUAAAAAACAAGAAGAUAUAUCAAUAGAUAUAACUAUGAUUAAUCAUCAAGAAAAUAAUAAACAAUUAGAAAAUCGAAGUUUAAAACCAUUUACUAUUCAACCAAUUGUUUCUAUUUCUUGCGUUUAA